AUGGUAGAGGAAAAUAACGAAGAGUUGAUCGAAAGCUUGAUCGCAUCUACAGACUGCCUUUACCACGGUGAAGUUUCACAAGGCAAGGAACGAUAUCACAUCCAAAUUCUUUGUGAAUGCAUCGAAUUGACGACUUUAUCCAAAAAUAUAGUAGAAACCUAUAAGUGGACAGACGUCUUAGGGGCUGUUGAGAAAAAGGUGAAAUCUCUGGAUAUGUUUGAAUUGAUGGUCUACCCCAAAAGAAACCAAGUCAGAACUUUUAAAAGGUACUCUUUUGCUAGCGAAGACACAAAACAAUGGGUCAAAAUUAUUCAGCAUAUGGCUUAUUACCAAACAAUGCCAAACCCUGAUGAUCCUAUAUAUAGAAGAAAACUGAAAAUUUUAAUAAACCCUCACUUAGGUAGAAAUAAAAUGGCGACGUUGACAGAAGAUUGGCUCCAAGGUGGAUUAUGUAGAGCCAAUCUGAAUCUAGAAAAUUUGUGCCAGUAUCACUUGGAUUAGGUUUUGCGAAGUCUUUUUUCCCACAAGGUUUUUCUGUAGGCUUUCUGCACAUUCUUUGUCUAUUUGGGUUGAGAUGCAUGGCUAAUUCUAUGUUAGGUCGAUCUGCACCAAAUACCCAAAUAUAAGCUAUUUAACUUAACUCACUCAGGAAGAGGGACUGCUAGUAGAGUAUGAAGAAGAGUAGAAUAUAUGCUCGCUGCUUGUGAAUUAGAUGUCCUGAGAACACAGUAUAGAAAUCAUGCAACUGAAGCAGUAAAACAAAUGCAAAUUUCUGAUUAUGAUGCCAUUAUUGUUGUUAGUGGAGACGGGCUAAUACAUGAAGUAAUUAAUGCAUUAUGCUCAAGAGAUGAUGGAGAUCAAGCAAGAAUGUGCCCUGUCUCGAUGAUUCCUGGAGGAUCUUCAAAUGCUUUGGCACAGAUUUUGUGUGAUAAAUCAGGUGAAGAAGUAACUGCUGAAAAUUGUUGUUUUAUUGCGGCUAAAGGAAACAUGCACCCGCUUGAUAUAUCAUUGAUGAGGACUGAGUCAGGGAAAUUGAUUUAUAGCUUUCUUUCGCUAGCGUGAGCGUAUAUAGGAGAUGUGGACAUUGAAAGCGAAGUGUGCAGAUGCUGUGGGCCUUUUAGGUUUGAUCUUUAUGGAUUUUGGAGACUUUUAGCCCUACUCUAGCUUUCAUUUAACAGGAGCACCAGAUAUUUCAGAGAAUUUUCCAUUUAAAAAUUAAAGCAAAUAAAAACAUAUUUUUAUAGUGUUUUCCCCAUGGAUGGCGCUAUUUUGGCCUUGAUUUUCCCAUUAGGAAAAUUUUUUGGUUUGACCAAACCAUAUGGUACUGGUCGAAGGCCAAAACAGCGCCAUCCACAGGAAAUUGCAAUUAUAAAAACUGCAAUUAAAAAGUGAAAAAAUUAUAAGCAAUAUCUUAAAUUAUAGCUGCAUAAAUUGUAUACUAAAAAAAUGGAGAGUAAGAAGGUUCAAUGCAACUGUGACGUGGGAAGAUGAGGAGGGUGAACAUGAUGAGACAGGCCAAUUUAUCUACUUUGUGGUUUGCAAUACCCCUUUUAUUGGUACAGGGUUAAAUUUCGCACCAAAGGCCAGCAUAGAAGAUGGCAUGAAUGAUAUUUUAUUUGUGAGAGGAAAUGCAGGAAGAAGAGGAUUACUGCAAGUCCUGCUUCGAGAAGACUCAGGAAGGCAUGUGGAUUUGCCACAGCUGAACUAUUUAAAAGCUAGCAAAUGGACACUUACCCCUGAAAACAAUCGUGGAAUUUAUUCCAUUGACGGCGAAUUUUAUCCAACCGAGAAACUCACAGUUGAAGUUUUGAAUAAUUACGCAACAGUCCUUGUUCUUUCCAAGGCACAUUAA